AAAGCAAGGCUAGGCAAGCAGCGUCACUGAAGCGGAAAACGCGUCGCCUUCACCAGUCUCCACUCCAGAGAGGAGAGCUUUGAUUGCUGGUGGUCUGGUCGGCGGCGGCGGCGGCAAUGGAGCCCCUGGAGGUGGCCAUAACGAUCAUAUUCGACGCGCUGCUGCUGGUGUUCAUGGUGAAGCUCUUCUUCGCCAUGUUCCAGAUGAAGCUCGUCGUCAUCCUCUUCUACCUCGUCAUCCUCCUCUUCGCCAUGGCCUUCUCCGGCCGGGCGCCCAGCAGCUUCUAGCUCGACGAUCGUAGCAGCAGAGGUGGCAAAAAUUGAAGCUUUCUUCUCCCUCCCCCUCUUUCGUUUCUUCUCCCCCCUCUUGGAGGGUGGAUCGGUGGAGUCUUGCAGCGCUACGUACGUUCUGUGAAAAAAGACAAUCAUCUCGGUUUUUGGUGGAUGGCUAGCUAAUUUAUUUCUCUCUAGGAAAAAAAAGAAUAAGAAGAACCGCGCAUGAUCCGAGGCGCAAAUUGCGUAAGCGUGAAGAGAGAGAAAUUAGUCAGUCUAGAGCUUCGAUCUCCCGCGUCUCAUGCUUCUAUUUUCCAUGUAUGUAAUUCGUGCUGUACCUCCUGCCUUUUUGUUACGGGUUUCGUGGAUCGCAGAGCAGUGGUGCAUAUGAAAAGAGAUGGACACGGUUUUCUUCCUUGGAAAAA